ACAAAACCCUUCUCCCUCCCUUGGUCCGCAUCUCUCUCUCACUGCUUCAAUGGCGUCUUUUGAGCGUUUUGACGACAUGUGUGACUUCAGAUUGAAACCUAAGAUUCUCCGAAACCUUCUGUCCGAAUAUGUUCCCAACGAGAAGCAGCCUCUCACCAACUUUCUAUCACUCUCCAAGGUUGUAUCAACCAUCUCCACACAUAAGCUCUUAUCUGAGUCUCCUCCAGCUUCAAUUGACCAGAAGCUUCAUGCUAAUUCGAAAUCAGCCGUUGAUGAUUGGGUUGCUAGAUUAUUGGCUUUGAUUUCUUCAGAUAUGCCAGAUAAAAGCUGGGUGGGUAUUUGUUUGAUUGGAGUAACAUGUCAAGAAUGCAGCUCAGAUCGUUUCUUUAGGUCCUACUCUGUUUGGUUUAACAGUUUGUUGUCACAUCUUAAGAAUCCAGCAAGUUCUAGAAUUGUCCGAGUGGCUUCAUGUACCUCAAUCUCUGAUCUCCUUACAAGGUUGUCUAGAUUUUCGAAUACGAAGAAAGAUGCAGUUUCACACGCUUCGAAAGUAAUCCUGCCUAUCAUUAAAUUAUUGGAUGAAGAUUCUUCAGAAGCACUAUUGGAAGGCAUUGUCCAUCUGCUAAGUACAAUUGUACUCUUGUUUCCUGCUGCCUUCCACAGUAAUUAUGACAAGGUUGAAGCCGCUAUUGCCUCCAAAAUAUUUUCUUCGAAAACCAGUUCUAAUAUGUUAAAGAAAUUUGCCCGCUUUCUAGCAUUGCUCCCCAAAGCUAAAGGGGACGGGGGCACCUGGUCCUUGAUGAUGCAAAAGCUGCUGAUAUCUAUAAAUGUACAUUUAAAUAACUUUUUCCAAGGUCUAGAAGAAGAAACAAAAGGAACAAAAGCAAUCCAACGAUUGACUCCUCCUGGAAAAGACUCUCCUUUGCCCUUGGGAGGUCAAAAUGGGGGUUUGGAUGAUGCAGCAUGGAACUCUGAACAAUUGAUUGUAUCCAGAGUUUCUGCUCUUAUGUUCUGCAGCUCAACGAUGUUAACUAGCCCGUACAAAUCCAAGAUUAAUAUUCCAGUUGGCUCAUUAUUAUCCCUUGUUGAGCGAGUGCUGGUGGUGAACGGCUCUCUACCUCGAGGCAUGUCACCCUUCAUGACAGGGAUCCAACAAGAAUUGGUUUGUGCAGAACUUCCAGAUUUGCAUUCGUCUGCUCUGGAACUCUUGCGCGCUACUAUAAAGAGUAUCCGCAGCCAACUUUUACCAUAUGCUGCAUCUGUGGUGAGACUUCUUAGUAGCUACUUCAGGAAAUGUUCAUUGCCAGAAUUGAGGAUAAAGCUCUACUCAAUCACUACAACCUUACUCAAAUCCAUGGGUAUAGGAAUGGCAAUGCAACUGGCACAGGAAGUUGUCACUAAUGCCUCUGUGGAUCUAGACCAGAAGAGUUUAGAAGGAUUUGAUGCGGCAUCUAGCAAAAACCCGUCGCUUACUAACGGAGCUCUUCUUCAGGCUUGCAGUAAAAAAAGGAAGCACUCAGGAGUCGAGGCAGAAAAUUCUGCUGUUGAAGUGGGAGUCCCUCGUAAUCACUCGAGAAGCCCGAUUUCAUUGAAGAUAGCAUCUCUUGAGGCACUGGAAACUCUUCUCACCAUUGGUGGUGCAUUGGGAUCGGAUAGCUGGAGAGAACGUGUUGAUAAUCUUCUUCUGACCACUGCAACAAAUGCCUGUGAAGGGAGAUGGGCCAAUGCUGAAACCUACCAAUGUUUACCCAAUAAGUCGACUACGGAUCUGGUUGAGUUUCAGCUUGCAGCACUCCGUGCCUUUUCGGCAUCUCUCGUUUCUCCAUCACGAGUACGCCCUGCAUUUUUAGCUGAAGGACUUGAGCUUUUCCGAACAGGUAAACUUCAGGCAGGUAUGGAAGUUGCCGGAUUUUGUGCUCACGCUCUCAUGUCCCUUGAAGUUGUUAUACAUCCGAGGGCACUUCCACUCGAUGGUCUCCCGUCACUUGGCAACCGAUUUCCAGAAAGCAAUUCUCUUGCCAGCCAAAAACACAACACACCUAAUCUGAAUAAGUUGAACGUUAUUGCUCAUGAUGGUGAUGAUCUAGGCAAUAGAUGGCUGGCAAACGCGGAUGUUCCUUCUAACAAUGUGAUUCAGAGAACCUUAGACACGACUUUACCUCUCCAAGAGACCAAAAGAUUGAAAGUUGGGAAUGAUUUAGCUACUGUCGUAUCUCUGGGUGUCGAAGAUCAUACGGAUAUGGUUGCAUCAGAGAAUGUUCAACAAGCUGAUGUGCCUGAGAAGGUUCCUGAGGAAUCUCUAGGACAGGUUUCAGACAAAGAUGCUAUGGCCCCCAAAGACGGUUAUCAAGAAGUAGAGAGUGGGACUCGAGAUGGAGAGGAUUUAGCGGUUAAGGAUAGUCUGAUGGUGGAAGCAUCAAUUGGUGAGAAGAAAGAGUCCUUUGGGGAAUCUGAUGAUGAUUCUAUUCCUAGUCUUCAGGAAAGUGAUUUUCUCUCUUCUGAUUCUGAUUCUGAUAUUGAAUCCUAAUGCAAGACAAAAGAGUUCACAACUCUGUCUUAGAAGAAUUUUGUUUCUUUUAAGUUAAAGGUUUGAUCAUAUGAUUAUACCUCUUUUUUAAUGUAAGAUGUUUCAGAUUUGUGAGAGUUUAACUCCUUCCUAGUUUUGUUUCAAAUUGUUCACCACUUUCAAAUGCUCACUAACAUUGCUGCCAAAGCAGCCAUAACCAAAGUAGCGAUUGUAAUAUAUGAAGUUGAUUCUU